CAUUGUCGCCAGCUGACUCAUCGGCACCCCGCGAUAAACUUUUUUUUUCUUAAGCCGCAGGGAAAAACGCUGCUCGAGGUUUCCGAGUUGUCAUCUUGGCGGGCAAAUCGCUUUUCUUCGACUUUUUGCUUCUUCGACUGAUCAUUUCUUAAAAGCUGCUCUUUUUCAGCCUCGCCCAUCAUGUCUGCUCCUGCCAGCGCGCCUCACAAGGCCUUUGACACCAUCCUUACUCUGGAUUUUGGUUCCCAGUACACCCAUCUCAUCACGCGCCGCCUCAGAGAACUCAAUGUCUUCUCCGAGAUGCUUCCCUGCACCACCAAGAUUGCCGAUCUUGACUUCAAGCCCAAGGGUAUCAUUCUCUCCGGUGGACCUUACUCCGUCUACGAGGAGGGCAGCCCUCACGUUGACCCCGCCGUCUUUGACCUCAACGUCCCUAUUCUCGGCAUUUGCUACGGUAUGCAGGAGCUUGCCUACCGCAUCGACCCCAAGAACGUCAUUGCUGGCACCCACCGCGAGUACGGCCACGCCGUGCUCAAGGCCCAAAAGGUUGAUGGCCACGUCGACCGCCUCUUCCAGGGCAUCGAGGACUCCAUGCGCGUCUGGAUGAGCCACGGCGACAAGCUUGGCGCUCUCCCCGAGGGCUUCCACACCGUUGCUACCUCUGACAACUCUGAAUACGCCGCCAUUGCCCACUCCGAAAAGUCCAUCUACGGUCUCCAGUUCCAUCCCGAGGUCACCCACUCCGAGAACGGCCUCAAGCUCCUCGAGAACUUUGCCAUUGGCAUCUGCGCCUGCAAGCAGAACUGGACCAUGGCUGCUUUCCUCGAGGAGGAGGUUGCCCGCAUCCGCGCCCUCGUUGGCGAGAAGGGUCAGGUUCUCGGUGCCGUCAGUGGUGGUGUUGACUCUACCGUUGCCGCUAAGCUCAUGAAGGAGGCCAUUGGUGACCGCUUCUGGGCCGUCCUCGUCGAUAACGGUGUCAUGCGCCUCAACGAAGCCGCCCGCGUCCACGAGACCCUUACUAAGCACCUUGGUAUCAACUUGACUGUUGUUGACGCCUCCAAGGAAUUCCUCGACGGCCUCAAGGGCAUUGAGGAACCCGAGAAGAAGCGCAAGUUCAUUGGUGGCAAGUUCAUCGAUAUCUUCGAAGCCGAGGCUGAGAAGAUUGAGAAGGCUGCCGCUGGCUCUGACCGCGCCGGCAAGAUUGAGUUCUUCCUUCAGGGAACCCUCUACCCCGAUGUCAUUGAGAGUCUGUCCUUCAAGGGCCCCUCUGCUACCAUCAAGACUCACCACAACGUUGGUGGUCUUCCCGAGCGCAUGCAGAACGGCGCUGGCCUCAAGCUUAUUGAGCCCCUCCGCAGCCUUUACAAGGAUGAGGUCCGCGAGCUGGGACGUGCCCUCGGCAUUGCUGAGGAGCUUGUCAUGAGACACCCCUUCCCUGGCCCCGGUAUCGCUGUCCGUAUUCUCGGCGAAGUCACCCCCGAAAAGGUCGAGAUUGCCCGCCAGGCCGACGACAUCUUCAUCUCCGAGAUCCGCAAGGCUGGUCUCUACGACUCCAUCUCCCAGGCCUACGCCGCCGUCGACCCCAGCCGCGCCGUCGGUGUUAUGGGCGACAAGCGCGUCUACGGCUUCAUUGUCGUUCUCCGCGCCGUCACCACCACCGACUUCAUGACUGCCGAGGCCUUCAACUUCCCCUGGGAGUUCCUCCAGCGCGUCAUGAACCGCAUCGUUAACGAGGUUCACGGCGUCUGCCGUGUCGUCUACGACAUCACCUCCAAGCCCCCCGGCACCAUCGAGCUCGAGUAAAGUGGUUUUAUCCGCACUAGCAUAGCAGCAGCAGCAAAGAUUGGUCGGAUUUCGGGAUAUAUUAUAGAGAAGAGCAAAACCGGAAAACCCCUCAAAACCCCAUACCCAUAGAAUUCAACUUGCGUGUCGUAUAUAUGUUACUAGGCUGUCCGGACUUUUGACGGCCGAUAUAUACGGCUCGGCCAGGCAAGCGGUCGGCGCGCGCAACACGAACGAAAAGAGGCGGAUGAUAGAUUUGAUGAAUUUAAUGCAAUAAAAAGAAGUGAUUAUA